AUGACUGCCCCAAAUUCGACGCUAUUUUUGCUCACAAUUUUCCUUUCCCUUGUGUUGACACACUCGGCAAUCAUCCCGUCGCGCCCUUUCAACAUCUCCCACUACCUCUAUCCCAAAUUCACGGCCUUAACUGAAUCGGACAUUCCUCUCCACCCACCGCACUUUUUGCAGGCUGUUUUGGAUUCGAUUUCUAAAAAAGAGAAAUGGGCGUUGGAGGAUUUUUGGGUUUCAGAAAUGGAUGUAAAGAAAGCUAAAUACAAGACAGUGCAAAGGUAUGACUUUCGGGUUCAUGUUGGGAAGAUUGAAGUUGCACUUAAGAUGCAUGAUGAAACGUCAGAAUGGAAGAAGUUGGUUAGGUUAAGUGAAAAUGGGACAUCAAACUUUGAGUCACUGGCUAGGAGAAUUGGUUCCUCCGCUGUAAUUGAUAGCUUUAAAGUUGAAGGCCCUUUGGAGUUGAUGGUCGUAGGAGAAGAUGAUCGGCUGUCCCUUACAUUUCCGUUGAACAGAUCACACUUUGGUUUGCGACGGAUAUUAGUUGGGGAAGGCAUAAGCAUAGAAGUGAAGGGCGCUGAAGAAAUUUCAUUAGUCCAUCCUUCCAAUUAUCAAUUUCUGUAUGGUAUGUUCCGUUAUAGGAGAUGGAGUGAUGUGGGGUCAAUAUGGCCUGCUCUAUGCAUGAGAUUACUUCCAAUACGUAUUCAAGGUUCUGCAUCCGUGGUUGCCUACAGAAGCGGAAGACCAGGUUCACCUAUCCGGACUUCUUCUCGUUCUAAAGAUGUGAUAAAAUUAUUGCCAGAGAAGUGUUAUGUGAGACAAAACUACGAGAGAUCUGUGCAUCUCCCUAAUUCUCUAGGCACUAGAAUCGCGUUGUUAAAAGGUUUGGAGAGCUUCCUGAAUGAGACAGACAAUCCAAAUCCGGCUGCUAUGGGAUCUCUGAAGGUGAGAAUCAGUGCAUUUCCCAUGUAUCGCUUCCCUUUGGAACUGAGAAGAAAUAUCAGAACUAACGAUUCUUACUGGAGCACACUAGCUGAGUGGCGAACGAGGCCUUCUACUGAACGCAUAAGGUUUGAAGUUGCAGCAAGAAUCAAAGGUGAGGUUCUGAAGCCCCUGGUGAUCAAGAAGGUCAGGCCUGUUAAUGCCGAUUCAUUUUCUUGGAGUAGUUUAUCAUCGAAUCUCUCGUUCACCGAGUUGCCCCCUCUGUUUCUCCCUCCGGAAUCGUUGACCCUCGACGUGAAAUGGUAGGAAAGCGUGUGUAUAGCUCAACAGGUUGGAGCCUUUUUUCCUUGUACCUUUGUGUAUCGUAACGUUUAUCAUGUAAGGCAUAGUGUUGUGCACAAACCUGAGUGAGAUUGUGACAUGAAAUCGUAGAAGGAAGCAAUGGAUUUACUUGUGUAACUAAAAGAUUUAUUUUUGCACUUAGAUAAUAGAAGUUACCUGAGAUGAUGUAAAAAAAAAUUGUUUUGUUUCAAUGAGGAUCAUGUGUUUUAUAAA